AUGCCAAAAGGUGUUUUUACCUUCAUUCGUCUUUUCGUGCUCUUACUUGGUUUCUCUACUAUUUGUCUGGGAGUCCUUUGCGUUUCCACAAGCUCCUCCACAUGCAGAUGUGGAGAUAAUGAGCUGGUGUUUUAUUGCCUGUUAGCUUUGGGGUUCUUUCUUCUUGUGACUGGCAUUUUCUGGAGCACCUUCCAUGAAGUCUUGAAAUACAGAGGCCUCAGCAGCAUCUUCAUUCAAAAUCCCAGCUGUAGAGACCUACGUGUCAGCACCAUAGACAGGCCUGACUUCUAUCCUCCCUCCUAUGAAGACAGCACAGAUCCUGAAAAACAGACCUCCCCACUGCCAGUUGCCUCCACACUAAAACAGCACGAAGUCAUCAAUAUCCCUCCACCUCCCUAUAGCGAAAGCAGCACAGAGAUCAUCAGUGAAACUAACAAGCAGGAACAGCCACCACCAUACGAAUUAUCUGUGCAGCAGCUAUGGCAGCAGCAAACAGCUGACCGAGACUCAAACCCUGGAGCAGAGUUGAAUUCUCAUCCAUCCACACAGGAAAACAGCUACCAACAGGAUACAGACUGCCAGGGGACCUCAGAAAGAGCAACACCUGUCACGACAUCUGAGACAGCCAGUGGGUAA